UAUCAUCGUUCAAACCUUAGCCUUCAUCUCCAACGUUUAUUCAGCUUUCUGUCGGUGUAGCUUCCUGUUCAUUGCCAAUUUGCCAUCUCCAUCUUCGAAUCGACACCAUUUCCAUUUUAUGUCCCUUCAUUUUUCUGCACUUCUUCCUUAGCAUUCAGCAAUGGCUCCUGCUCGCUAUCUCAUAUUACUUGCUUCUCUCUGAAAAGCAAAAGGACAUUAUCGAAGCGCCUGAUGUUCUUCAAUGUAGGAGAAGACUGAUUUUUGGGGUGAUAAGUACAUUGUUUGUAAAUGAAAUGAUUUGGUAGAUCAACUGACUCCAUGGGAGGCUUAUUUCACUUUUUCGAAUUCAACCAAGGCAACAUGGCCAGAAAAAUACUUGCACACAAGAGACACGUUGGCGUUUUGGAUGCUCAAUGCAAUAGCUUGGAGAUGCAACUAGAAACUUCUCAGACCUACUGCGCCAUAGAUGAUCUGCCACAUUCUCAUCAAGUUGAAGAAGAUUGGGCAGCAAAAUACUAUUGUCAAACUGAGGCUUCAAUGAAGAAACUAAUAAACGAUGAGAUGUCCAGACAAUCUAACAGCAGACAAAACACACCUAGUAUUGUCGCACGACUUAUGGGGAUGGAUUCAUUGCCAUCAAAUACGAAACCCGUCAUACUUCAAUCCGUUAAGAAAAAGAAUGAUAACCAGCAAAAGUUUUGUAAGAAGGAAAAGAGUGCAAAGGGCUCAGAUGUGCAUUUGGCUUCUGACUCAACUUACUUGAAGAAAAUGGAUGUUGACUCGGCUUAUGGUAGUCAAGACAGAGAUGCAGAGAGGUGGGGCACCAGCCAGAAGUAUGGGAAGCCUAGGUCUCGUGAACAUCCUCAAGAGGAAGAAUUGCAGAAGUUUAAGAAAGAAUUUCAGGCAUGGCAAGCUUCCAGGCUUAGGGAAUAUUCAAAAGUUGCUGGUGUUGGAAGCAUUUCUUUUUCUCAAGAGAAACUUAGCAAGGAAAAAAUGUCACUUUAUGUAGAUUCUGAAAGAACAAAGCAUGAGAAGCCUUUGGAAUCUAAGAGCUUUGCAGUUAAUGAAACUUUGCACAAAAUGCGUUUGCAUCAUCACAGACAUAAAUCAGCUGACUUUAUACCCGAUCAAAAAGAAUCACGAAGACGAUACACAAGUAGGGAUAUUCAUCUACCUUCUAUGAUAUGUUAUAAUGAGAAAGUUGAUGUUGCCCCCACAAGAAUAGUGAUCUUAAAGCCUCGUCCUCUUAGAAUUUACGACCACGAAGAAUCAUGGACUGGUUCCUCUGACACUUUUGAUGAGAGAGCUAGUAUAGAAGAUUUCCUGGAGGAGGUAAAGGAACGACUAAAACUGGAACUGCAAGGUAAAACUCUUAUAAAGAGUUCUUUGGUUAGAGGAAGUGAAAUGAAGACCCCUUUCAGUGAAAAGCCAUCCGAUCCAGGGCAAAUUGCUAAGCACAUUGCAAAACAUGGCAGGGAAAACGUCAGUAGGGAUCUUGAAAUGAACUUAGUUCGAUCGGAAUCAACCAAAUCGUAUAGAAGUUCAGUUCAGUUCAAUGGACCAGACUCCCCUGAGUUCAUCAACAAAGAUACAAGAAGAUUCUUUUCAGAGAGACUAAAGAAUGUUCAAAAACAAGAAACAGUGUUGGAUAUACCAGUAGUUUCCAUCGGCAGCUCUAGAGCAUCCAUGUACGAUAAUGGAAGGGACAGGCUAAAGCAAAUACAAGAUAUGCCAAAGUCCAGAAAUGGGCAGAGCUACUGCAAAAUUGUUAAAGAUGAACAAGAAAUGCAAACCAGAUCUUUCAGGCAUGGAGAUGAUGUUGAACUGCUAAAUAGGGAACCGUCCUCAAGAAAUCUGGUUAGGUCAUUGUCAGCCCCCGUCUCGGGAACAUCAUUUGGAAAGCUGCUUUUAGAGGACCGCCAUAUUAUAACCGGUGCUGAGAUCAGGAGGAAGCAUGAAGGCAUCGAGAAUGUUCCAGUUGAUGUUGGAAAAAGGAAGAAAGAAAGGUUCAAUUUGAAAGAGAAAGUUUCUAAUAUCAAGUAUGGUUUGACACUUCGACGGAGGCUAUUUGGAAGGAAGAUUCAGUCAAUGGUGGAAACAUAUGGUGCACAUGAUGGUCCAGCAAAGGACAUCUUAAGUGGACCAACAGUUAUAAACUUCAGUGAGAGGCAUGAGAAUUCAACGGAGGUGCCUCCCAGCCCGGCAUCGGUUUGCAGCAGCACAAAUGAAGAAUUUUGGGGGCAAGUAGAUUAUCUCACCCCUAUAUCAACACCUGAUGUGAAUUUUGGAGAAGAAAAUGUGGUACCACUGGUUUUCAAAGAGAUCAGUUCUAAUUUGAAUGAGCUGAGGUGGCAACUUAGUGAACUUGAGUCUGACGAGGCGGACGACAUAUCAGUCAAACAUGACUCUGGUGAAUCUGAAAUGGGAGAUCUAGAGGACCAAGGAGAAGGCUAUGUCAGAGACCUGCUUGUUGCUUCUGGUUUGUUUGAUGGAUCAUGUGACAAAUCUUUAUCUAGGUGGGACGCAUUAGCGAAGCCUAUCGAUGACUCUGUCUUUGAACAAGUGGAAGAAUCAUAUAGAAUAUCAGGCAAGGAGAACGACAGCUCUAGAAACAACGAGAACGAGAAGGUAGAUCGAAAGGUGUUACUCGAUUUGUUGAAUGAAGCACUCACAACAAUACUAGGGCAACCGGUUGCCAUGACUCAGUUCAGUAGAAAGCUUCUCAGUUCCUCCAUAUUGUCACCUCCACGAGGAAGGAAGUUGCUGAAUUCCGUGUGGGAAAUUAUCCAAACCAAUUUAUAUCCUCUGAACGAUAGCUGCCACUACUCGCUCGAUAGCAUAGUGGCCCGGGAUUUACGUUCAACCCCUUGGUCUGGCUUGAUAGACAAUGAAACUAAAGUUUUGGGAAGAGAGGUGGCAUGCCACAUUAUCAGAGACCUGGUUGAGGAAAUUGUGAAAGACAUGCAUUCAUGAGUUUUUGGCAGCAGCAAUAUACAUAUUAUUUGCCGGUAAAGGUGAAUAUUAACGGGAGAUGCCCAGUUCCAUGUACAUAUAUUUGCAAGGUUUGCGACAUGUAGGAUGAGUCCAUCAGGUUUAUACAUACUUUAAAUGAUUGCUUGUAUUAUUAGAAUUUUACUCAU